CUCUCUCUCCGCUUUAAUUACUCUGCUCAGUAUUUUAUUUAAUCUUACUGCUUCAGCAAGUUAAUAUGGAGUGAAACUGAUUUUUGAGUUUUAAACAUCUGGAUGAAGAUUAUGGCUCACGCGCGACUGCCUUCGGGAAUUUUCGGUAACCUUCGAAGCACUAAUUCGAACGGAGGUUUUAUUCCGCGCAAUUUAUUUAUCCUGAAAUCCAACCUCCGGUGUUUAAAGAAUUUUUUCUUGAUAUAUUUGUUUACCAAUUAACCUUUUUAAAGUGGAAAUAAAAACUAAACUAAACAAAAGUGAUGUCUUGUGAGAAACCCAACUUCCGCGCACAACCGGCGGUGCGCAGCAUCUUCGUGUACCGCAACGGGGACGCGCACACGGAGGCGCGCCGAGUGCUCGUCCACGAGAAGCGCGUGUGCGACUUCGAGACGCUGCUGCGCGAGGUGACCGGGCGAGUGCGCGCUCCGUUCGGCGCCGUGCGCAGCAUCUACACGCCCCGAGCCGGGCACCGCGUGGACGCGCUCGAGCACGUGCGCCACGGCGAGCAGUACGUGGCGGCGGGGAAGGAGAAGUUCAAGAAAUUAGACUAUUUGCAAAUCGGAAGCAGGAAGAAACGGAUGCUGCAGAACAACGGAAUGGUGAAAGCAGCACCGCAGAACCGGAUCAUCGUCUCAGCCCGGUUCCUGAAGCCCAUCAAAGAGCCGUGUGCAAUAUUUGUUGUUGCUAACGGAGACGUGUUGACUCCAGCUGUGAGGUUUCUGGUUCCGAGCCGCCUGCUCAAUCAGUUUGAACGAAUCCUGGAGAUGAUCACAGAGAAAAUGGGGCUGAGGAUUCUGGGAGGAGUGCGCAGUCUGUGUUCUCUGGAGGGAGUUCCUGUAACAGACGGGAAAGAUCUGGAAAACGGGCAGUUUUAUGUGGCAGUGGGCAGAGACAAAUUCAGACGACUUGCUUAUGCCGAUUCACUCUUCAGCAAACCUGUGGGCAUGAGGAGGAACGUCAGAUCAAAAGCAGCUUCUCUUCCACCCAUUUACAAAUACCCAAGACAAAACGGGGAUGCAGUUAAUGGCGUGAACAAAUCCGAUCACAGCGAUGAGGUGAAGCUCACCGAUCCGGCCGUGUCUCUGGUGCGACAGAUUUCCCAGGCCAGGCUCAUGGCCAUCCGCAAGAAACGCAGCAACCUGACCAACUCAUACAGCACCCAGGAUACCGACGAGGCUGAAGCUAAACCCGAAGGUGAAGAGGAGGAGAGCAAAGAAAAGCCUGUGGAAGACGAGAAUUCAACAGCUGAGCAGGUAUAUGGCAGUGAGGACAAAGCAACUGAAGAAGAAGAGGCAGCAGCUGAAGAAGAAGAGGCAGCAGCUGAAGAAGAAGAGGCAGCAGCCGGAGGGGAAGAGGCAACAGCUGAAGAGGAAGAGGCAGCAGCUGGAGAGGAAGAGGCAGCAGCUGGAGAGGAAGAGGCAGCAGCUGGAGAGGAAGAGGCAGCAGCUGGAGAGGAAGAGACAGCAGCUGGAGAGGAAGAGGCAGCAGAAGAGGAAGAAGCAGCAGAGGAGGGAGAAGGGGAGGCAGAAGCAGAGGACGAGGCAGCAGUGGAAGAGGAAGCGGUGGCAGAAGUAGAGGCGGUGGCCGAUUCAGAUGCAGCAGGAGAAGACAACGCCGAACCACCUGAGGAGGAAGCCGCAGGGGAAAUAGGAAGUGGAGAGGAAGCAGGAGAAGCUGGAGGAGAAGAAAGCUGAGAGAGGAAACUAGCGACAGUGAUGUCAUCAGAAAAUACCAAUAAAUUUAGCAACAGAGUAAAGAGUAUAUAGCACUUAAUAUUUUAUUUCUUUAUUAAUAGGUAGCAGUGGAGGAAGUCCUUAUAAGGUCAAACAAAAACAUAUUUGCAUAUGACAUUAAAAUGAACACAGAAUAUACAACUGGGGGCGUGUCUUUGACUCCAUAUAUGGACACGGGGACUGGAAUAUGGACACAGAGCAACAUGAACGUGUGAUGUAGUAACGUCAGAGCUGUAGCGUGUGUGUGUGUGUGUGUGUGAACGUGUCGAGUUGUGAUGUAACAAACUCACACACGUUUAAAAAAAUGAGAGAUUUAUUGUUUAUCUGUUCAUUAUCCUGAAUAAAGAGAAUUCAUACACAAAACAAACGAUAAUAAAGAUUUAGUGAUGGA